AUGCAGCCUCCAGAGCUGGCAGAGCAGCAGGAGGAGACUGAUGCUGUGGAGCCAGAGGACCCAGAAACUAUGUGGAUCACCUCAAAGCCAGAGCUGCUGCCAGCAAAAGAACCGUCUGUCCCUGAUGUCUCCUCCCUGUGGAUGAACUUGCAGCCCAUCCCGUUACUGCUGGCACAGCCUUACCUACAGCCCAAGCUCUGCUCCGUACGAAACUACGGGCUUGAUGCAGAACUUACUGGCCGAUCAUGGUCCAAGGCAGCUCAGGGCCAAAGAGCCGUCACAGUUCUGCAAGCCCCACAUUGCUGCCCGGGGCUACUGGUCCUCUCAGGCUGCUCCAUCAUUGUCCGAGGGCAGCCCCGUGGGGGGCCCCCUCCGGAGCGGCAGAUCAACCUCAGCAAUAUCCGUGCCGGAAACCUCGCCCGCCGGGCUGCUGCGGGCCAGCCGGAUGCCAAGGACACCCCAGACGAGCCCUGGGGGUUUCCGGCUCGUGAGUUCCUGCGGAAGAAGCUUAUUGGGAAGGAGGUGUGCUUCACGGUGGAGUACAAGACCCCCCAAGGCCGGGAGUACGGGAAAGCCUCACUAGGCAGAGACACGACGGGGGAGAACAUUGCAGAGUCUCUCGUGGCAGAAGGACUGGCGUCGCGCAGGGAAGGAAUCCGAGCCAAUAACCCGGAGCAGAGCCGCCUGGCGGAGCUGGAGGAUCAGGCGAAGGUUGCGAAGAAAGGCAUGUGGAGUGAGGGGACGGGCUCCCACACGGUUCGGGAUCUCAAAUACACCAUCGAGAACCCGCGCCACUUUGUGGACUCCAUGCACCAGAAGCCAGUCAAUGCCAUCAUAGAGCACGUCCGGGACGGCAGCGUGGUCCGAGCCCUGCUCCUGCCGGAUCACUACCUGGUCACCGUCAUGCUCUCGGGCAUCAAGUGCCCCACCUUCAAGCGGGAGGCAGAUGGCACCGAGACCCCGGAGCCGUUUGCGGCAGAAGCCAAGUUCUUCACCGAGUCGCGCCUGCUGCAGAGAGACGUGCAGAUCGUCCUGGAGAGCUGCCACAAUCAGAACAUCCUGGGCACCAUCCUGCACCCGAACGGCAACAUCACGGAGCUGCUGCUGAAGGAAGGCUUUGCCCGCUGCGUGGACUGGUCCAUCGCUGUGUACACCCGCGGGGCCGAGAAGCUGCGAGCAGCCGAAAGGCAUGCCAAGGAGCGCAAGCUGAGAAUCUGGAGGGACUACGUGGCGCCCACCGCUAACCUGGACCAGAAGGACAAGCAGUUCGUUGCCAAGGUGAUGCAGGUGCUAAACGCGGACGCCAUUGUGGUUAAGCUGAACUCAGGAGACUACAAAACCAUCCAUCUCUCCAGCAUCCGUCCCCCCCGACUGGAGGGAGAAGGCUCCCAGGACAAGAACCGGAAGCUGCGCCCGCUCUACGACAUCCCGUACAUGUUUGAGGCCCGGGAGUUCCUGCGGAAGAAGCUCAUUGGGAAGAAGGUGAGAGCCCGGGCUAGGAUUGAGGGGCCAGCUGGGGGCAGGCCGGCUAGAGCGGUCCUUGGACCUCGUGGGCCGAGCUGACUCGACCGAGGAAGC